AUGGCUUCAAUGCUAUCAUCAUUGGCUGUAUAUAAUACUAAACGCCGACAAUUGACCAAACAAUCAUCGAUAAUGAUUAGUCAAUCGGCCGGACAAAUGUCUAACAACCGAAAUAAUACCAAUAAUAAGCCAUGGAUUGAAUGUUUAAGUAGAGCUCACAUGAAGUUUGAAAUUGACUUAAAAAAAUUGAAACAGGACUACAAGUUUAGUAUAAUCGUGUUGUUGAGUAUCAAAUACGAGGACAACCAAUCAAUCAAUACAAUCAGUACAGGUGUCAUAUUUAAUAACAACUAUAAUCUAGCCAUCACCAAUGCUCAUGUAGUGGCCGGCUAUAACUUUAUGUUUGCCCAAACAUAUUUUCAGGCAACAACCGUACAAUUAGCGGAACAGUCGACCCUCGAGAUGACAAUUAUGUCAAUUGCACGGAUUGUAUAUAUUGAGCAUAAUCUUGAUCUGGCAAUAUUACAGUUGGUUGAACUGGCAGUUGGCCACCAGUUGCCGAUUGAAUCGCCAAUGUUUAGUCCACCAGAACUGGGCGAACCGGUAGUCAUUUUGGGUAACGGCGAUGAACAAAAUUGGACAAUCUAUGUCGGCUAUGUUAACAUUGUUUUCCCAUUGGCUUAUCGAUCAAUCAUAGGGUCGGAUAAAUCCCAACUCUUUCUAAUACAUGAUUCAAAUGUAAUUAAAGGUACGUCCGGUUCGCCUAUAAUUAACGCCAACUACGAUAUUAUUGGUAUUAAUUUUGCUAUAAGAGAUAUGACUGACAAAUCUAAACUGGGAACCCAUAGUCAAUGUAUAAUUGACUUUAUUCAAAGAGCUAUGAAAUACGAUCAGUCUAUGGAUAGACUGAACGAAAAGCUCAAUCGUUUAAGAAAUUAUACUGAAGUUUUGAACAACAAAUUGGGUAUUAUUUUGGCAAAAACUACUGAUAUUAAUAUCACUGGUUUUGUGGUCCUCGAUAUCAUCCAAUAUCGCAGGUCUAAACUGCAAAUCAAUGAUAUAAUACUUGAAAUCAAUGGCCAGCCGUUGACCGAUAUCAGUCAAAUCACUGAUGCCGUCAAUAGAUCUCAGGCUGACAUUGAUUUGUUGGUCAAUCGCAACACAAAUAUACUACCCGUGAAAGUCAGUAAAUUUAAGGACAUACUUUCGCCAGCAGUGUUUUAA